UAACCUCCAUGCCACCUGCUGGCCCCAAACACAGAGCUUUCAGUGGUGAGGAACAAGUAGCUUGGUCACUUAGAAAUAUGGAAAAAGUGACAACUUAGAGAAGGAAGAGCUGGAAAGCAGUUGGACGAAAGAAAAGAGGUACUUCUGCAAGAGCACCUGCCUCCAGGUGCACCAGGGAAGAGAGGCCACGGCAGACUGAUGUUGAGGAAACACAGUCGGAACCACCGUCAGCUCUUGGAAGACUACAGCAGCAGAUCCACAGACCAGCAUGGCUGCCACUGCCGCUGUCAGCCCCAGCGACUACCUGCAGCCCGCCGCCUCCACCACCCAGGACUCGCAGCCAUCUCCCUUAGCCUUGCUUGCUGCAACAUGUAGCAAAAUUGGCCCUCCAGCUGUUGAAGCUGCUGUGACGCCGCCUGCUCCCCCUCAGCCCACACCACGGAAACUUGUCCCUAUCAAGCCUGCCCCUCUCCCUCUCAGUCCUGGCAAAAAUAGUUUCGGAAUCUUGUCCUCCAAAGGAAAUAUACUUCAGAUUCAGGGAUCGCAACUGAGCGCCUCCUACCCUGGAGGGCAGCUGGUAUUCGCUAUCCAGAAUCCCACCAUGGUCAACAAAGGAACCCGGUCAAAUGCCAACAUCCAGUACCAGGCGGUCCCUCAGAUUCAGGCAAGCGGCUCCCAGACCAUCCAAGUGCAGCCCAAUCUCACCAACCAGAUCCAGAUCAUCCCUGGUACCAACCAGGCCAUCAUUACUCCCUCACCGUCCAGUCACAAGCCUGUUCCCAUCAAGCCAGCUCCUGUCCAGAAGUCAAGUACGGCCACCACUUCCGUGCAGAGUGGGGCCAGUGUGGUGAAGCUGACCGGUGGGGGUGGCAACGUGACGCUCACUCUGCCAGUCAACAACCUCGUGAAUGCCACUGACACCGGGGCCCCCACCCAGCUCCUCACGGAGAGCCCCCCCACCCCACUGUCUAAGACUAACAAGAAGGCCCGGAAGAAGAGCCUUCCUGCCUCCCAGCCUCCCGUGGCGGUAGCUGAGCAGGUGGAGACGGUGCUGAUCGAGACCACGGCGGACAACAUCAUCCAGGCGGGAAACAACCUGCUCAUUGUGCAGAGCCCCGGUGGGGGUCAGCCAGCUGUGGUCCAGCAAGUCCAGGUGGUGCCCCCCAAGGCCGAGCAGCAGCAGGUGGUGCAGAUCCCCCAGCAGGCUCUGCGGGUGGUGCAGGCGGCAUCUGCCACCCUCCCCACCGUCCCCCAGAAGCCCUCCCAGAACUUUCAGAUCCAGGCAGCUGAUCCGACGCCUACUCAGGUCUACUUCCGCACGCCUUCUGGGGAGGUGCAGACGGUUCUUGUCCAGGACAGUCCCCCGGCAACAGCUGUGACCACCUCUACCACCACCUGCAGCAGCCCCGCAUCCCGUACUACCCAUCUGAGCGGGACCAGCAAAAAACACUCAGCUGCGAUUCUCCGAAAAGAGCGUCCUCUGCCAAAGAUUGCCCCCGCUGGGAGCAUCAUCAGCCUGAACGCAGCCCAGCUGGCAGCCGCUGCCCAAGCGAUGCAGACCAUUAACAUCAACGGCGUCCAGGUCCAGGGCGUGCCUGUCACCAUCACCAACACCGGCGGGCAGCAGCAGCUGACGGUGCAGAACGUUUCGGGGAACAACCUGACCAUCAGCGGGCUGAGUCCCACCCAGAUCCAGCUGCAGAUGGAGCAGGCCCUGGCCGGAGAGACCCAGCCCGGCGAGAAGCGGCGCCGCAUGGCCUGCACGUGUCCCAACUGCAAGGACGGAGACAAGAGGUCUGGAGAGCAAGGCAAGAAGAAGCACGUGUGCCACAUCCCCGACUGUGGCAAGACGUUCCGCAAGACGUCCCUGCUGCGGGCCCACGUGCGCCUGCACACCGGCGAGCGGCCCUUCGUCUGCAACUGGUUCUUCUGUGGAAAGAGGUUCACGCGGAGUGACGAGCUCCAGCGGCACGCACGCACCCACACAGGGGACAAACGCUUCGAGUGUGCCCAGUGUCAGAAGCGCUUCAUGAGGAGUGACCACCUCACCAAGCAUUACAAGACCCACCUGGUCACAAAGAAUUUGUAAGCCAACUGAGGCAGGAGGCCCCGAAGAUGCAACCGUUGCCCUGUCCAUGUCCUGCCUGGGCUCCCGGCGGAAAGGUGCCCCACAGUUGCCCUGGGCCCACCCUCAGCCCCCCUCCUGUUCUGCGACUGUGUCCCCACAGGAAGGGGCUCUGCUCCACGGACUCUCUUCCUCUCUAAGCACCUUGGCUCCGGCCUUCUCCCCACAAGCUCCGGGCCUGCCCAAGCUCCGGGCCUGCCCAGACUGCGGACACCGGCCAUGCCCAGUGAGACGUUCUAAACCAGGACGCGUGGGAACCCUUAUUUCCAAAGGAAAAACAUGCAUUUCACUCCGUCGAGGAGCAAAGUGAGCCCCCCACUCCCCACCCCAACACUGCCGGAGUCGCACCGUGCCAUGCCCCCCUCUCCUGCAUCUCUCACUUCCUCACCCCAUCGGCCGCUGUGGACACCCAGGGCCCUGCACCCAGGGUUCCCACCAGCACCCACCUCUGGAGCGGCUCCCCCGGCCCCUUCCACUCCACACACCCAGCCCUGCCACAACUCUCCUGCAGCACAUUCCAACUUUCUAUUUAAAAAUAAAGUCCCACAGACCCCCCCCAGCCCCUUUUUCUAUGGAGAACGUUGCCUUACUCUUCUGCAGAUGAUGAGCACUGUGUUCUGUGUGUGCUUUACCCAGUCUCACCGACUGCCCCCAGCCCGUCCCACCUCCCCAUGCCUGCUUUCAGCCGGGGUCUGGGGGCGAUGACGCGCGUACGAAGUUCUCACCCAGCGGUCUCUUCUACAUGCCACAGCAUUUCAACUCCGAUCUGGAUUCAGACACAAACACGCCUUGGCACCCUGAGCCUCCCCUCCCCUCAUCUCACACCAAGCAGCCCCAACGCCACUGUGUACAGUGUAUAUUGUAUAAUAGACCACUGUGUCUACUACAUGUCUAAAAAACAUAUUGCUUGUUAUUUUUGAGGCUUUUAAAUUAAACAAAAAUCCAACUUUA